AUGUCGCGCUACGAGAAGUUGGGAGCUCCGGUGGGUGAAGGUACCUAUGGCACCGUCUGGAAGGGAGUCAGCGCGACCACCCAGGACGAGGUUGCCAUGAAGAAGGUGGUCAUCCGCCACGAGAAGGAGGGCUUUCCCACCACGGCCAUCCGAGAGAUCCGUGCGCUGAGGAAGCUUAGCCACCCCAACGUGGUGCGGCUCGUCGACGUGUACACCGAAAUGCCGGGUGCCAAUGGCAGCAUCGGCGAUACCUAUCUCAUUUUCGAGUAUGCGCCACACGACCUCACAGGCUACGUGGCCUACAGGAAGAAGCUGAAGUUGGCGGAAGUUAAGUGCGUGGGCAAGCAGCUUGCCGAAGCCUUGGAUUUCUGCCACCUGAACCGCGUGAUGCACCGGGACCUGAAGCCGUCGAACAUCCUGCUGACCCACCGGGGUGAGCUGAAGCUCUGCGACUUCGGCCUGUCCCGGGACUUCGUGGAGCGGACGCCGCAGAGCUACUCCGUGCGGGUCAUCACCCUGUGGUACCGUCCGCCGGAGCUUUUACUGGGCUCCGGCAAGUACGACCCCAGCGUGGACGUAUGGAGCGCCGGCUGCAUCAUCGGGGAGCUCCUGGUGCAGGGCCCUCUCUUCCCGGACAGCUCGGAGGUCCAGGUCUUCAAACGCAUCCGAAUGCGCUUCGCAGCGCACAAGGAGGAGCAGUGGCCGCAGAGCAUUCGGAAGCUGCCACACUGGGAUAAGUUCUGGCCGCAGACGAGCCGGAAUAUCAACUUCGACCAGAAGGACGUCUUCCGGGACUUGGCCGUGAAGCACGGCCAGACCGCCGUGGAUGUGCUCAAGGCGACACUGCACCUGGACCCAAGCCAGCGAAUCGAUUCGGCUGGCCUGGUGCAGCACCCCUUCUUCGAGUCGGAGCCGCUGCCGUGUAAGCCCAGCGACUUGAAGAUGCCGGCGGACCAGCGCACGCUGAAGGAGCUGGACGUGAAGCGGCGCCGGGAGAAGGCCGAGGAGGAGGUCCGAGCCGAGCGUGAGCAGGCGAAGCAAAUGCAGAAGCGGAACCAUUUGGACGGAGGGCGCGUGGGCGAGCCCUCGCCAAAGCGGCAGAGACCCGCAUGA